AGACCAGUAAGAAAGGAUCCAGUUCAGGAUGGUCCCGGGAGCAGUGACAGUUAUCGCUUCUCGAGAUACGUGUCCAUAUGCCGUUACAAGAUUUCGGACCGAUCAGCUUCCAGAAACCUUGCUCGCCAUCCUCCAGAUCGGAUGCGCACCUUCAAAAAGAGUGAACUGUUAAGAGUUAGUUAA